AUGCUUGGCUGGGGCCACUGGGUGGGAUGCAUCUUUCUUCUCCUCUCCUUCCUCAGAGAAGCUACCUCGGACGGCUUGCAGGACAGCCAUUUCAUGCAGCUGCAUCAAUACACGCGGAUAGCAGAGCCUACCGACAGCGAGUGGUGGGGCAAUUAUUUGGCUGCCUACUACAAGGCCUUCAACCGGAACUAUGAGGGGUCAAUGCCAGAGAGACUUGAAGAGUUUGUUCUGAUCCUGUUCGUUGCGGCUGGGCUGCUGGCGAUGAAAUCCUAUGUCAUUGGAUCUUUCUUCAAGCUGCAGGAGACGAAAAAGGAUCUGGCGCGAGAGGUGCAGCAACUCUUGAGUCAAGCGCAGCUGGUCUGUGAUUCCUUGGACCUGCCACCGAGUAUUCGCAAAUCGAUCCGACAGCACAUGAUGUUCCAAUGGUCCAAGGCCCGGGAUGUUGGCAACCGUGAGGUGGUCCUCAAGACCUUCGCACCGGACUUGCAGAAGAAAGUCAAAGAGCAAAUCUACCUGCCCAUCAUCCAAGCCAACGAGAAGCUUUUCAACGGUGCCAGCUCUGACUUCAUGCUGCAGAUCAUCGAUCAGCUCGAGGUCGUGGUCUUACAGCCUUCGGAGUUUCUCUUCUGCGAGAACGACGCGCCGCAAGAUUUGUGCUUUCUGGAGACAGGUACUCUCAUGAUCACAUCGCAGGAGCAGCUGGUCCGGUACGUCAGAAGCGAUAGGCCGAAUGAGCCCACAGCUGUGGGCGAGGUGUCCUUCGUCCUGAAAAUGCCACAUCUUUACUCUGUACGGUCUCGCUCCGGUGUCGAGUCUUCCAUCCUCAAGAUCACGACAGACAACUUUGAGUUGAUCAUGUCGAAUUUGGAUUCCGAUCGUGACCAGCUUCUUCACAACGUCGCACAGUCUAUGAAGCUAUCCAUGAAUGGCACCGAUCUCAAAAAGGGCGCGGUGAUGCACGACGGCCAGGAUGAGACCGAGUUCUUCCAGCACAUGAGGGAGUCAGUGCGUCAGAUGCUGUUGAGUCGAACCGCGCACAUGUCCAUCACUUUCAUCAAUGCGGCAGCGGAGGGGAAUAUGGAGCAGGUGGAGCUGCUUCUCCGCAAGCGUGUCUCCAUCGACACAGCGAACUGCGAUGGCCGAACCGCGAUGCACGUUGCAGCCGCCGAGGGCAGGGAGAAUGUGAUUAAGGCCUUGGUGAAAGCUGAAGGCAACGUCAAUCUGCAAGAUCGCUGGAAAGGAACUCCCCUCCGGGAUGCGGUCCUGGGAAAGUUCAGCGCAGUGACGGAAAUCUUGAUCGAUCAGAACGCGGACCUCAAUCUCGAGGACCCCGCCACCGCCUUGUGCGACGCUGCUUCGAGUGGAAACCUGAUGGCCCUCAAAGAGCUCAUCGAGGUCAAGAUCGAUCCGAACAGUGGGGACUACGACCUCCGCACGGCCCUGCACCUGGCCGCUUCCGAGGGGAAGUUGGAAGUCAUCUCCUUUCUCUUAGACUCUCGUGCCAACCCAAACUUCAAGGACCGUUGGGGUGGUACUGCUCUCGAAGAUGCCAUUCAGAACAACCACUCGGUUGCCGCGCAAUUGAUCUUCUCGAAGAAGGGUGGACUGCGGCAGGAGCUUGCAGCUGGAUGGCUUUGUGACGCUGCCUCCGCAGGGAACAUCCUUAAGUUGCAGCAGCUUAUCGAAAACUCCGUGGACGUGAAUAUCAGCGACUACGAUGCGCGGACGGCACUCCACCUUGCUGCCACCGAAGGCCAGCUACUGGCUGUGAGCUUCCUGAUCAGCUCUGCUCGUGCUUUUACAUCGCCCCAGGAUCGUUGGCGAUCGACGCCGCUGCAGGAUGCCGUGCGCGCCGGACACAUCGACUGCGUUCGCCUGUUGGCCUUCGCCGGCGCUUCGCUAGGAGACAGCGCCACCGACGAGGAUCGCACCAAGCUCCAGCAGACUUUCGGGGAGGACUUCUCCUCACCGGAAACGUGGGGCGAAGUUCAGAAAUUCCAGCGCCGCAUGAAUGAUCUGCAGCAGCGUGUCGCGCGGCUUCUGAUCUCUGUGGCCAAGGGGCGAGCCAGGCCGGAAGUCUUCGAUGCGGAAGCAAGCACGAAGUUUAACAGGCAGCUGAUCUGCGCGAUCUUCAAGCAAUGUCCGCAGCUGGCAGAUGGAAUGCUCUCUUUCACGAAGAUGUUUCAGACUCUGGAGGCCAAUGCGGUGGCGCCGAUGCAGACCUUCCUGGCGUUCCUGCAGGACUCCAUCGAUUGCAUGCGCCACAGCCGAUGGUGGACUUGGUAUGCCAAGCAGAACCAGAAAGAGGAACGGUCGGAGCGACAUCACAAAAAAGGCAGGGAAGCAAAGGUGGAGAAGUCCACUGGGAUGAUCACGAAGCUCAUGGUGGCUGCGAUGGGCAUCUGCAACCAACUGGCCAUUGUCGUGAUGAAGGCCGCAAAGGAAAUCCACCAGAAGGUGAACUGGGAGGUCAACACGCGGCGCAUCACUAGCAAGGAGUACAGACUUGAUGAGGGUGCAGUUGUGCGUCGAAGAGAACGCCAUGGGUCGGGAAUGGACUCCGUGCACAAGUCCUCUGCAUCACGCAGGUCGGCGGCCCCAAGCGCAGGGCAGCAACGAGGUCAAGGUCGACGAGGAUCCGUCUCGGGGAGCUCCAUGAGUCCCAGCCACCGAGCGCCCUCCGUGGCUGGCAGAUCGCAAGGCAGCCGUCGCUCCAAAAAAGGGGAAGAGAUGACCGAGGACCCACGAGAGCCUGGCAACCACCCCGGGGUUUGCGAGAUCUGCGUGGAGUGCAUCUUUCGCGCUUUGGGCUGGGAUGUAGACUGGACUGCCCCCGCGUCUGCCAACUAUGGCCUCAAUGCUGGUGCCAUAAAGAAGAAGAUGGAGGAGGUGGCCGCGUUGCUGGAGCCUGCGCAGGGAGGUGCUGCCCAUGAACUGACGGACUCGUUGCUCGAAAUCCAUGCGCCUCCCUUGGAUGCAGCUGCCUGGCGGGAAGAACGUCGUGCUCGAUGCUGUGUGGAUACGGCAAAACUCUUCUGCGCCUUCUCAAAGGAUGAGUACCUCAAGCCAAUGAGCUUUCCUUUGGCUUUGGAGUUGGCGAUGUUUGCAGUACUUGCCGUGGUCCGUACUGCCCCUGUGAACAUGGACAUCCAGCCGAGCCGCGAGAAGACGCUUCAGCGGACGGAUUUCCUGUUUUUGCGGAGCGGCCUCGAGUUAGCAGAGCAGGAAGUGCGGGGCGACAUCGCGAAGACCAGAAAGGAGGUUAUCAAGCAGCGCGAGAUGGGUGGGAAUGUGUCCGGGAAGAAAGUCAUGAACAUUGGCGCUCGAUUCGGUGGGAACCGCAUCGAGCCGGUCAGUGUCGGAAGAAUUCUGGCGACUCAGAAGGAUCUCCCUGCCGAUGACCUCUCCGCCAUCAUUGACGUCCAGGACGGCCACGUCCACGUCACCGCUAAGCUUGAUGAUGACGACAGUGAUGACGAAGGUCGACGUCGCGCAGACAAGAAGAUCACGCGGCGCAAGGACGACGUUCACAUCCUGACGCACGAGUCGUGCUUCGGCGUGAUGAGCUCAGAGCGCUUUCAAGAUAACCUUCUCCGCUACCUCUUGGACUUCCCGUCCUUGCAGGUGGAUUCGAUCGAUGAAGAUGAGCGCAAGAGAGCUGUGCGGAAAGUGCCCAUGGGAAUGGAGUCGCCCGAGACUGAAGAGGAGGAUGACAACUUCUAUGCGCAGGAGACCUUGAGCUCUGGCGAGGUGAUCUGGCUUGACGAAGAGAUCCUUCUGGAUUUCGAGGAGAUGGGAUCGCAGGCCGUUGCGUCCGAAGCCAGCACUGGAUCCCUGACCAGCUACGAGCGUGCGCAACAGUUGGCAUCUCCAGGGGACAUCAAAAGAUCACCGACAUCGAACUUCGGCCGGCGCACGCCGAAACGCGAUGCUGGGGGUGAUGACAAGAAGAAUGCGUCGAUUCUGCGCAGAUGCUUCCAGUGGCUUCAGUCGCGGGCAGCUGUUUGCGGCGGGAAAGAGGAUCAGGAAGCAAAGCUUCGACAGAAGAUGACCUGGAAGUUUCGCGAGCUUGACGAGGAUGGAGAGGGCCUUGCGUUGGCUGACGUCGCAACACUGUUGACAGAUGUGCUUGGCCACGCGCUCGAUCGAGAUGCCAUGCUGCGUCUGGCGGCUAACGUCUACGACACCUUGGAAAGAAGCGAACAGGAGCUGCUGCAGCUUACGGAGCUCCAAGAGUGUUUGGAAACUGUCACGACGGGCUAUGAUGCGAUGGUCAAGCGCCAGAGAAAGCACAGCUCCCAGGGGCAGCGCGGAGAAGACCGAUCCUGGCCGUGGGUUCAGCGUCUCGCAGGCUACGUGAUGCCAAUGGACUCACCCUAUCUGUUGGUGUGGGAUUUCUUGAAAAAUGCAGCUGCCAUCUACUACUUGAUGGAGGUGCCCAUGCGGUUCUGCAUCAUCAACUUCGACAAAGCCAGCCAACAGACCGCACUGGCCUGGUUCAUCGUCAACAUAGCCAUGGACGUCUUCAUGUUUGCCAACUUGCCGUUGAACUUCCUUCGGAGCUACGAGGAGGGCAGCGGGAUCGUCGUCCGCGAUUUCGAGCAAAUUCGGCGCAACUACCUGCUGGGUGCCUUCAGUUGGGAUUUGAUUGCCUGCCUUCCCUUCGACAUCUUUGCCGAUCCAUCUUUGUCCAGCGAGCGUACGUAUGCUACCUGGCGAUUGCUGAAGCUCAUCCACCUUCGGCAUCUCUACACACGCAGAAACGACAGCAAGUCCUCCGAUCGCCAAGAGCACGGCUUCAUGCUCACGACUUUGAUGGUUGUGCUGCAGCUCUUCGUACUCCUGCAUUUCAUGGCCUGCAUCUUCUGGUACAUCGGAAAUGGCUGGCCUUCCUUGCAAGAAUUGCGAAGUCGGCAAAGCGACACUGAUGUGCCUGGAUGGUUCAUGGUGUACGAAGGCAUGAAUGUCCAGCGGGGCAGCAUAAGCCAGCCAGAAGUGCCCGUAUUGAACCAAUACCUGCUGGCAAUUUACAUCAUGGUGGUCGUUGUGACGAACGACAGCAAUUCUCUUGCCAGCCCAUCAUCUUGGCCCGAGCUGUUUUGGCUGCUAGUGAGUUUCGUGAUCUCUGUCGCAGUGAUGGGCCACAUUGACGGCACACUGGUUGGCAAGGUAAUCUCGCAGGAUGAAAGUGUCGUCGAGCAGCGCGUCAUGCGAGCCAGGAUUGACACCUUCAUCAAGAACUCGGGUCUUCCUCCAGACCUCGUGGAACAGAUCCGAAUGUCCGCUGGCGCAGACGGAGACAGCAGCGUCAACGUCCUGGCGUCCAGCAACAAAACCCAAAAGGCCGCAGACGUUCGUGUCAUGGAGUCGGUCUUGGCUAACCUUUCCUAUUCCCUGCUCCAGAGAGUGGGACGGCGUGUCUUUCUCAAGUGGCUUCAAGCUUUGCCGAUCUUCAAGGACUGUUCAGAUCCCUUCUUGCUCCACUUGGCGACAUCAUGUCGGCUGCUGACAUCAUCGGCGGGCGCCUUUGUUUGCCGAGCAGGGGAGCCCACCAGUUAUUUCGUGGUCCUGAAAAGCGGCUCGGCACAGUUGCGCGACAUGAACAGUGAUGAGGUGGAUCGCGUGGACGAGCGGGGCACGGCCUUGUGCGACAUAUCCUGUCUCUUUGGCCUGCGACACGAGAUCUCCAUCGUCAGUGAGGAAGACAGCGUGUUCAUUAAGUGCCCCCUGGAGCAGCUGAACAAUGCCCUGGCUUUGUAUCCCAAGGACCACGAAGCCAUCCACAACAACGUUCUCAAGCUGACGCCCGACCCGUCUCAUGAACAGGAAGGUAAUGAGGACGUGAUCGACAACCAAGGCAUGGUGGGCAUGUGGGGGGAGGACGACGAAGACAUGGCAAAGUCACAGGCUUCCCACACCUCUAGACGGCGGCGGAAGCGCAAAGAAGGUGGAGUUGACCUCGUGGCUGAGCUGAACUUGCACGACCUAUCUCUGGAGGGAGUUGCGAAGGUGAGGAAGCUUAUCAAGCAGUUUCAGAAGACACAGGAACAGGAGCGAAUCGGCGACUUCAUUGCCUAUGCCGCUCAGGGGAAGCUCGAGCAGAUGGAAGCCAUGCUGAGAAGCAACAAGGUCAGCGUAAGCUGCGUAAAUUGGGACAUGCGCACGGCCCUCCACGUCGCUGUCAGCCAUGGACAUGGCACCAUCGUUGAGAAGCUUAUCAUGGAGUACCUGGCGCCCCUCACGGUGCAAGACCGCUUUGGCCAUACUCCUCUAGACGAUGCUGUUCGGGAGCGGCACGCGGAGGUUGCGGAGUUCCUGAUUGAGGCAUCGGCUGAAUUCAAAGGCGGCGUGUCGGCUGCGGUCCAGCUGUGCGAAGCAGCGGCGAAUGGCGAAACCGCCCAGCUCGAACUGCUUGUGGACGUUAUCGGCGUCGACCCGAAUCUUGGAGAUUACGAUGCCCGCACAGCACUCCAUCUGGCUGCUUCCAAUGGCCACCUGGAGACGAUCACGAAGAUGUUGGAGUUUGGCAACCUGGACUUGAGCCCCCUGGAUCGGUUUGGCCAGACUCCACUGGACGACGCUAUCCGUCACGAGCACGUGGCAGUGCAAAGGCUGCUGAAAGCAGAGGGUGCCCAAAUGGGCAAAGUUGAGUUCGGUGUGGCACUCUGCGAAGCCGCUUCGCAAAAUGACCUUGGGAAGAUCCGACAGAUGAUCGAAGCAGGGGUCAGGGCAGGAAUGGCGGACUAUGACUAUCGAACCGCACUGCACCUGGCAUGUUCCAACGGACAUUUGGAGACGUGCGUCUUUCUCCUGCGUGAGGGCAAGGUGGAUCCGAAUCCCCUGGACCGCUUCCUGAACACUCCCAUGGACGAUGCGGUGCGUCACGAGCAGCAUGAUGUGGUACAGCUCCUUGUGAAAUACCGGGGACGGCCAUCUCAGGAUGAGGAGUUGCAAGGAGGGGUUCGCAGCGAGUUUAUCAACAUGAUGGAAGAGGAGGGGAAUCGGAAGGAUGCUGACAAACUAGAGAAGGAGCUGAAGACGAACGGCUUCGCAGAAGUCUUGGAGAAGUUAGUGAAGCUCCGCUCCGAUAUCGAGAACGAAGUGCAUCAGUUCAUUGCGAGCGCCACGAACAUUCGCUAUGACAUCUGCAAGAUUUUGCACAUGGCCACGAUGUUGGGUGAAGAUUCGGUGCGUGGCAAGAUGGAGAUGGAAGAGUUCAAGAUUGGUUUCCAGGACGAAACCACAACAGUGCAGAGGUUGCGAUUCCUCAUGGACAAGGACAUCAAGUCCUUUGACGCCACCGCAGCCAAGAUAUUGCAACACUUGGAUGAGGAGGUCUACCCCUUCCUGAACAACUUGAACGGCAACCACCACACGAAAGGGUUGGUGACAGUUCUGAUGCCACAAAUCACCAAAGACAUGGACAAGCUCGCCUCAGUCCUCAGGCAUGUCAAAGCCUUGCUGCCGCAGCUUAUGGGAAAGUUGUCCACCCCAUCGCUAUUGG